GCCGCGGGUCGGGGUCGGCGCCGGACCGCGUGGGCGCUCCGCCGCACCGCCCACCGAGGAUGCAGCUGGGCGAGCCGCUGCUGGCGGCGGCGGGGGCCCUGCCGGGCGCCCCCUUCUACCCGCUGGAGGGCGGCGGACGCGGCGGCGGAGCAGGAGCAGGAGCCGGGGCCGGUGGCGGGUCCCGCGGGCCGCCCCGGCCGGGCUCGCCGCCGCGCCUCGACCUGGACAAGACGCCCAAGAAGUUCGCGGCGGCCCCGGCCAUGCUGGGCGAGGCGGAGGCGGGCGAGCCGCCCUUCGCCGCCCCCAAGCCGGACGGCCGCAAGGCCACCCCCUGCGGGGAGGAGGAGCUGCCCUCGGCCGCCGCGCGCUACUCCAUGGACAGCCUCAGCCCCGAGCGCUACUAUCUGCAGUCCCCCGGGCCGCCGGGGGCCGAGCUGGGGGGGCCCUGCGCCCUCUUCCCCUACCCGCCGGCGGCGCAGCACGGCACCGUCUACCAGCCGCCCGGCGGGCCGCGCUACCCCUACGGCUCGGUGCUGUCGCCGGGCGGCUUCGCGGGCGCCGUCUGCCCGCCCGGCGGCCGGGCGCAGUUCGGCGGCGGCGGCGGCGGGUACCAGUACGGGCAGGCGGCGGCCGGCGGAACCCUCUACGGCCCGUACCCGGCGGCGUCGGGCUCCUGCGGCGGGCUAGGGGCGCUGGGGGUGCCGGCCGCCGGCGCGGGGCUGCGGGCGCAGGUCUUCCUCUGCAACCGGCCCCUCUGGCUCAAGUUCCACCGGCACCAGACGGAGAUGAUCAUCACCAAGCAGGGCCGGAGGAUGUUUCCUUUCCUGAGCUUUAACAUCACCGGCCUCAACCCCACGGCCCACUACAACGUCUUCGUGGAGGUAGUGCUGGCGGACCCCAACCACUGGCGUUUCCAGGGGGGCAAGUGGGUGACCUGCGGCAAAGCCGACAACAACAUGCAAGGCAACAAGGUGUACGUCCACCCCGAGUCGCCCAACACCGGGGCUCACUGGAUGAGGCAGGAGAUUUCUUUCGGGAAACUGAAGCUAACGAACAAUAAAGGUGCUAACAACAACAACGCGCAGAUGAUAGUACUGCAAUCUUUACAUAAGUACCAGCCCCGGCUUCACAUUGUGGAAGUGACUGAAGAUGGUGUUGAAGAUCUGAAUGAUUCCUCAAAGACUCAAACAUUUAUCUUCCCUGAAACGCAGUUCAUAGCAGUUACAGCAUAUCAAAACACUGAUAUUACCCAGCUCAAAAUUGACCAUAAUCCUUUUGCAAAAGGUUUCAGAGACAACUAUGACUCCAUGUACACAGCUUCAGAAAAUGACAGAUUAACUCCAUCUCCCACGGAUUCUCCUAGAUCCCACCAGAUUGUUCCUGGUGCCCGAUACAGUGUGCAACCGUUCUUCCAAGAACAGUUUGUCAACAACCUGCCCCCAGCCAGGUUUUACAAUGGUGAGAGAACCGUCCCUCAGACAAACGGCUUGCUCUCCCCUCAGCAGAAUGAAGAGGUGGCCAGCCCUCCCCAGCGGUGGUUUGUUACACCUGUACAGCAGCCCAGUGCCAACAAACUGGACAUGAACUCUUAUGAGACGGAGUAUUCUCCUAGCACCUUGCUCCCUUACAGCAUUAAAUCCCUCCCCCUUCAGACAUCCCAUGCUCUGGGAUACUACCCUGACCCGACAUUUCCAUCCAUGGCAGGCUGGGGGAGCAGGGGCUCUUACCAGCGAAAAAUGACAACAGGAUUACCUUGGACCUCCAGAACAAGUCCUCCAGGUUUCUCUGAAGACCAACUUUCCAAGGAGAAGGUGAAAGAAGAAAUUGGCUCAUCCUGGAUAGAGACUCCACCCUCCAUAAAGUCUCUAGAUUCAAAUGAUUCUGGGGUCUACACAGGUGCUUGUAAGAGAAGACGGCUCUCCCCUAGCACUUCCAGCAAUGAAAAUUCCCCGACUAUGAAAUGUGAGGACAUUAAUGCUGAGGACUAUAGCAAGGACACUUCAAAAGGCAUGGGCUACUACGCGUUCUAUACUAGUUCUUAAAGCAUCCUUUUAUUCCAAUUGGCUAAUUUCUUUCAGGGUGGCCUUGGUUUUUUUGCAUUACAAUUGCCAAAAAGACUCUUGCCUUCCACCUUGAAUUGUUGUGUGCAAUUCUAAAGAAGGUGCCAAAGCUUUUUGAGUAUUGCAGGUAGCAAAGUAGGGAAAGAGUGAACUAUGGUAGAAUUCUUCCCCUCUUUUAGAAGGAACCACACGUGGAAGCUGUAAGCAGGAGCCUAGAUUUUUACAGUGUGGCUUAUUUAUUGGAGACACUAAAGUGUACAGUUUGGCUUGGCUCAGAGGCCUGAUCAAAUCUAUGCACUCCUGAGCAAGGAAAUAGGGGGGUAGGAUCCCAAAUUUAAUUUUCUCUCCUGCUUCCCCCUCUGAUACAAGGAGGCUGGGUUGCAGGCAGCUGCAUAAAUGCUAUGUUCUGCUCUAGAUAGAGCUGGCUUCUUCAACCUGUGUCUGCAGCAGUUGGCUGAGUUGGAUAUUGCUCAGCUAAGGCUUUCCUUGGCAGAAGAUAGCCAAAAUAAGGCCUGCUUGCCAGGCAGGAUUUUGACUUGAAGGUCUUGUUACUAAUGAUGGGGUUACAAUGGCCAAAUCUGACUUUUCUUAGUUUAGAACUUGCAUUAAAACCCUCCCCCCAUGCUUCCAUCCCAAAAGCCUAACCUUUACUGAGGUGGCCAAAAAAAAGCAAAGUGUACAGUUGUGUUUUGUCUAGGUACACUGUAGAAUAUUGUGGAAUAAUGUAUAAAUAGUUGACCUAUAGCUGUUCAGUCAGAAGGACCUCUGGUGGUGCUUUGAAGUUCAAAAGGCUUUUUUUUUUUUUUGUUACUCAAACUUAGCAUAUGGAACAUUGCAAAAAAAACAUGAACAGAUUUCUAUUUACGUGUAUGUAAAGUGACUUUUUCAGCUGCCCUGUACAAAACUGGAAGUGAUGUAACUUACCCACUCUUCUUGCCUAUAGUUUCAGCCAUUUUAAACCGAUCAACCCUAGAGCACUGGCACACAAACUUCUCCCAACAAGACUUGGUUCUGUUUUCUUUUUCUAUGUACAUAGUAGUAAUUUUUAAUAAAUGUGGUGGUAUCGGGGAUAGGA